CCUGUCAGUGCAGGUGGAGGCUCCCGGUGGGGCAAAGUGGCAGAAACCUCUUAAAGGGCGAGAGCGGCGGAGGGGGAGAACGCGGCCCGGUCCGGCCCGUCCAGGUGCCCUCUGCGUCCCGCGCAGGGAUGGCUCCAUGGCUCUUCCUGGACUGACCGCACAACCCCACCGGCUGCUUUUGGCAACAUGACAACACAGACGAGUUUGGUAGCUGAGUCUGAAAGUUCACAGCACCAGCAGGAGGAGGGAGAGGGAGCCACAAGCUCAGGCCAACAAGAAACUCAGCUGGAAGAGGUUUCUCAAGCCGCAGUUGAGGGAGAUAACCAGUGUGAGCUGAAGCUGAAAACAUCUAAUGGAGACACUCCCAUACAUGAAGACUUGACCAAGAAUAAGGAGCGGACAUCAGAAAACAGGGGCCUGUCACGGCUGUUCUCCUCAUUUCUCAAAAGACCUAGAUCUCAGGUCUCUGAGGAAGAAGGCAAAGAAAUCGAGUCAGCUAAAGAGAAAGGUGAAGGAGGUCAGAAAGAGAUAGAAUUUGGAACCAGUCUUGAUGAAGAGAUCAUUUUAAAGGCCCCAAUUGCGGCUCCUGAACCUGAACUCAAAACAGACCCAUCCCUGGAUCUUCAUUCUUUAAGCAGUGCAGAAACACAGCCUGCUCAGGAAGAACGCAGAGAAGAUCCAGACUUUGAAACUAAGGAAGGAGUACUUGAAGAGUGCUCUAAAAUAGAAGUCAAAGAAGAAAGUCCUGAAUCUAAAGCUGAAAGAGAAUUAAAAGCUCAGAAAUCAACCAGAAGACACAGAAACAUGCAUUGCAAGGUUUCUUUGCUGGAUGACACAGUUUAUGAAUGUGUUGUGGAGAAACAUGCUAAGGGACAAGAUUUGCUUAAAAGAGUGUGUGAGCACCUCAAUCUCUUGGAAGAAGACUACUUUGGUCUAGCCAUUUGGGAUAAUGCAACCUCUAAGACAUGGCUGGAUUCUGCCAAAGAAAUAAAAAAGCAGGUUCGUGGUGUCCCUUGGAAUUUCACAUUUAAUGUGAAGUUUUAUCCACCUGAUCCAGCACAGUUAACAGAAGAUAUAACAAGAUAUUAUUUAUGUCUUCAGCUUCGGCAGGACAUAGUUGCAGGACGUCUGCCCUGUUCCUUUGCAACCUUAGCAUUACUAGGUUCCUACACCAUCCAGUCUGAGCUGGGAGACUAUGACCCAGAACUCCAUGGUACUGAUUCUAUUAGUGAUUUUAAACUGGCCCCAAAUCAGACCAAGGAACUUGAAGAGAAGGUCAUGGAGCUGUACAAGUCAUACAGGUCCAUGACUCCAGCUCAGGCUGACCUGGAAUUUCUUGAGAAUGCCAAAAAGUUGUCUAUGUAUGGUGUUGACCUUCAUAAAGCAAAGGACUUGGAGGGAGUAGAUAUCAUCCUAGGUGUCUGCUCUAGUGGCCUUCUGGUUUACAAAGAUAAGCUGAGAAUUAACCGCUUUCCUUGGCCCAAAGUGCUGAAGAUUUCUUACAAACGCAGCAGCUUUUUUAUCAAGAUUCGGCCUGGAGAGCAAGAACAGUAUGAAAGUACCAUUGGAUUCAAACUUCCCAGUUACCGAACAGCUAAGAAAUUGUGGAAAGUCUGUGUAGAGCAUCACACAUUUUUCAGACUGACAUCUACAGACACCAUUCCUAAAAGCAAAUUUCUUGCACUGGGAUCCAAAUUUCGAUACAGUGGCCGGACUCAGGCUCAGACCAGGCAAGCUAGUGCUCUGAUUGACAGGCCUGCCCCACACUUUGAGCGUACAGCGAGCAAACGGGCAUCCCGGAGCCUUGAUGGAGCAGCAGCUGUUGAUUCAGCAGACAGAAGUCCGAGGCCCACCUCUGCACCAGCCAUUGCUCAGAGUCAGGUCACAGAAAGCAGUGGCACAGGUUCUAAAGCUCAGAAGGAAACAGAGAGGGUUGCUGUGGAAGGGGAAGAAGUACCACCUGAGCAGGCUGAGCCCACAGAAGUGUGGAAGGUGGAAAAAACCCACAUCGAGGUCACAGUACCCACCUCAAAUGGUGACCAAACACAGAAGCUUGCAGAAAAAACUGAAGAUCUGAUAAGAAUGAGGAAGAAAAAGAGAGAGAGACUAGAUGGUGAAAACAUUUAUAUCAGACAUAGCAAUUUAAUGUUGGAGGAUUUAGACAAAAGUCAAGAAGAGAUCAAGAAACAUCAUGCUAGCAUCAGUGAGCUGAAAAAGAACUUCAUGGAAUCUGUACCAGAACCACGCCCUAGUGAAUGGGAUAAGCGCUUAUCCACUCACUCUCCCUUCCGAACACUUAACAUCAAUGGGCAAAUCCCCACAGGAGAAGGAGUGAAGAAAACCUCUAUCCUUCCCUCGGAAAGAAAGGUUGGUGGGCCAGAGAAUAUAAAUGUCAUUCGCAGAGAGGAGGUGGCUGCGGUGACAAAGGGGCCAUCUGCCAACCCUGACUCUGAAUGGGAGGGUCCCAAGCAGUCAGUAGUUCCCAGUAAGAGCCCAAUGCCCGCUCCGCCGGAGUCUCCUCAGAGCUGUGGCCUUGGCUCCCUCUCCGUAAGCAGCGAGGAGACAGAAGAGAAGGGGCAGGGGCCAGCUGGCUGUCUCGAUGCUAAGGAAAUGCCAAGAGGCCCCAGUGGGGACGGUGUGGGAGUGGAGGAGCAGGCCAGUGCCUUAACGUCCUCAGUAUCAUCGGCUUCCCCUCAGCCGCAACUUGGUGACAGAAAGGCAGAGAGUAGUGAGGAGCGGCUCCUGUCAGGAGAGCCGCCUGGAAAGCAAGACGGAUCAUUUCUUGACUCUCGUGUGGGUGACCAGUUCCCCACCCUCAUUCGAAGCUUCCAGCCUCCCCUCGUGAAGACUCAGACUGUCACCAUCUCAGAUACUGCCAAUGCUGUAAAAAGUGAAAUCCCAACCAAAGACGUCCCUAUUGUCCACACCGAGACCAAGACCAUCACUUACGAGGCUGCCCAGACUGAUGACAGCAAUGGGGACUUGGACCCCGGAGUCCUGCUGACAGCUCAGACUAUCACAUCCGAGACUACCAGCAGCACCACCACAACUCAGAUCACCAAGACUGUAAAAGGUGGCAUUUCAGAGACCCGGAUUGAAAAGAGAAUUGUGAUCACAGGCGAUGCUGAUAUUGACCAUGAUCAGGUGGGAAUGCUGAGGAGAUCUUGGACACAGAGGGAACCUGGGCAGGAAGAUUGAUGGAUGCAGGAGUUGGCCUGCAAAAGACAUCUCUACUGGCUUCAUGUCUAGAGAACCCCUUCUGCUACUGUAGGCCAUGGAAUGGGGCCAGUGGGAGUGAGGGCUGCUGGUUGGGAAGCAAGGAAGUGUAGUAGAAAGAACAAGGAAUUUAGACUCAAAAAGGCUUGUGUGCAGAUCCCAGGCCUUACCAUAUUCUAGUUCUUAACCACCAGGUCUCUGUUUUCCUCAUCUAUCAGAUGGGUAUUAUGGCAUUUUCCUCUCAAGAUUAUGAAAAUCCAGUAAGAUAGGGGACAUGGCAGUGUGUAGUUCGUGGUGGACUCCUAGUAGAUGGAGCUGUUGCUCUUCAGGGGCUGUCAUGUAUCUAAACCUGUGCUAGGAACAGUGGGUGAUAAGAGGAAGUUAUACUCUCUCCCUCUCAGAGGUCUGUAAUAGCUGAGGAACAGCAGGGGUUGCCCAGUGAAAUGGACAGAAACAGAGAGACUUCACUUGAUUGCUGUCUGAGAUUUAUCACUAACUUGCUGUGUGACCUUGGGCAGCUCACUGUACCUCUGAUUUUUUUUUCCCUCUUUAAAGAGAGUAGGUUGAUCUAGAUAAUUUCUGGGCCUUUCUGAGUGCUAAAAUUCUACGUUUUUAUGUUAAUUAGGUGCUAAUUGUGUGCUGUAAGCAAUUAGCAAAUAAUAAGGUCAGGAUUAAUGUUCCCAAUUCUCUGUUGGGUGAGGUUAGAACAGUAAAGCUGCAGAGAAGAGGGGGUGGAAAAGACUGCAUGCAAAUGCUUCUGGAAUCAUUGACAGCUGAUAUGCUGAGUGCCUUAAAAAAAGAAAAGAAAAGAAAGAAGAACUGAGCUACAUUGUUGGCAGCACCUUUGGUAGCAGGGUUGAAGCUUAUAGCUGAGAACACUGGGGUCAGGGUCCUGGCAGCGAGGCUGCAGAGCCCAAGUAGAAACCUUGCAGCCUGUUUGCUCCAGCUCAGUGGACCCACCUACACAGUCUGAUGUGAUUUGAGCCCCUGCUAUUCUGGGCUAGACAGCAUGAGCAGUGGGAUGGGAAGUGUUUUGGGUUUGGAGUGAGACAGCCCUGAGUUGCAUCUUGACUCUACAGCUUGCUGGUUGUGUGCCCUUGAGCAAAUUAUUUUACUUCUCUGAGCUGUAGUUUUAUUGUCUGUAAAAUAAAGAUAAUCAUAGGUUUCUUUCAGGAUUAUUGUGACAUACGGACACACUUGAUAGCUCAGAGAGAUGCUCCAGUGUUCCCCAGUUCUCCCAGGUACAAGGGAUGCAUGGAAGCAAUGAGACAUGAUGCGCUCUGGGUGGAUGGGGUGCCGGUUUAAGAAGGACUGUUCAGGAGUAGUGUGGUGCAGGCCUUCACGGAGAGAGAGGUGUAGGCCACAGUAACCAAAGAGGGCUUGGGCAGGGCCCUGAUGCGUGAGCAGAUGGGGCAAAAAGGAUGAGGGAGGAUGAGCAGGGGCCUACAGAGGUGGCAGGUGCAAGAACGGCUUUCAUAGAGUGGAGAGACCAAAGAGGAAUUCUGUUCUUCCUUCUUUCCUAGAGAUAGUUCUUAAGAGCCAGGGUCAACAGUCAGCUGGUCAGCUCCAGCUAGAGUCCUUCUGGAUGGGGGUGAGGGGAGCUGUCCCCUGAGAAUCCCAGGUCACCACCCUCCAAGGGCU